AUGAAGUCCUUCUCGAACGUCGCUCUUGCCCUGCUGGCUGCCACCAGCAUGGUCGCUGCUGAGAUGUCCGCCUCGGACUGCGCGCAAAUGUGCAUCAGUAACAUGAACGCCAAGGCCUCCGAGCUGGGCUGCACCUCUGGUGACACCGCCUGUCUGUGCAAGAGCCAGGACUACGAGUAUGGUAUUCGCGACUGCACCACCGAGGCCUGCCCCAGCGACGAUGCCGCCACCGUUGUCCAGAUGGCCCUUGCUUCGUGCCCUAGCGGUUCUACCUCUAGCUCGAGCUCGAGCUCCAGCUCCAGCUCCAGCUCCGGCUCUGGCUCGAGCGCUUCCGGUUCGGCUUCAGGCUCGGGGUCGGAGACCUCGACUGGCUCCGGGAGUGAGAGCACUGGCACUCAGUCUAGUGACUCGACCACCACUGGCACUUCUGGCUCGGACUCGGGAUCAGCCACUACCACUGGCUCGGGCAGCGAGAGCACUGGUACUGGCAGCGAGACUACCGGAACAGGCAGCGAUGCCACCGGUACCAACUCCAAUGGCAGCGGCACCGCUACCGCCACUGGGACUGAUGCUACCGGCACCGGCGCGACCGGUACUGGCGCAACCGCCACUACCAUGAUCACCACAGCUAGCGGCUCCGAGGCUUCUUCCACUGGUACCAACUCGGGCUCGGGCUCUAGCGAGACUGGUUCUGGAUCUGGAUCGGAGAGCACUGGCUCUGGCUCUUCUGGCUCGAGCACUGCUACUUCGUCUAUCAGCACUGGUGCGGCUCACCCCAUGGCGACUGUCGGUACUGGCGCGGUCGGCGCUUUGGGUCUGGCUGCCCUGUUCGUUCUGUAA